AUGGGUGCUUCCGGGGCGGGCAUCGUGGAGGAAGUCGGCGAGGGUGCCACGAACCUGAAGAAGGGCGACAUGCAUGGCUUGUAUGGCGUGUACGACCACGCGACUUUCCAACAGUACGCGCUCGGAUACGCGGACGCAGUGACAACGAAGGCCAAAUCUUUCGACUGGGCUGCGAUGGUCCCGCUUGGCCUCGCUACUGCGGCGGUUGGCCUCUUCCACCACGACAACCUGUCCGCCAGUGCUAAUCUCCUCCCGCCUUGGGAAGAUGGAGGACGCGAGAAAUUCCAAUAUGACGCCGUGAAGAACAAGACACCAGGCAAGUACGCCAUAUAUGUGGCCGGUAACACCGUCAUGCCGCAAAAUCGGAAACUGGGCGCAUAUCUGUAUGCCAAGCUAACAAAUUUGCUGGAGGAAGGGGCAAUCAAGCCAAACAUUGUCGAGGUGCCUCCAAACGGGUUGCAUGUUAUCAUCGAUGAUCUGGAGAAGCUCAGAAAGGAGGUCCGUUCGAUCACCCGCGGAAAACAGCUUGAGAUGGUCGGCGAGCCUCCCCUCCCCGGAUUCGGGUGA